AUUGUGAAAGCACCGAAAGAGAAACUCGGAGGAGCUCUCGCCGUUCUUACAACCUCGAUCGACAUCGACGUUUUUAAAAACGGCAAAAAUAAUGGCAGGCCGCGCAGGCUUUUCUGGUGUUUCUUGAAUGUUGCUGGUUGAAUGAACCUGUGCGUAAAGCCGUUUUAAACUGCCAGCGUGUACUGCGCUGGAUAGUGACGGCGCAGUCUUGUUAAUGAAGGUAAUUCAGUGCGCUUUUGUACCACGAAGAUAUGCUAAAGUUGUGAAGCUAUUUACGGGGCUGGCGUGCCUUGCGCUGUUGUUUGGUCUUGCUCAGUAUUCCUUAUCUGGAUGCUCACGGCAUGACGUUGAAGCCUUUCUGUCAUACCUAUGCAACUCGUACAAGAGAGGCGAGAUAUCGGGAGACCUUUGCCCCCAUCUAUGCUCCGACAACUUCUCCAACAUCCAAUGUCAGGGGCAGCACCUUGGAAAGGAGGUUGUCUUCUCGGCGACCUGGAACUCCGAGCGAAUCGUGCUGAAGGCCAAGAAGCGGCACCUCGACUCGCUGGAGCCCGUAUACUGGACGGACAGCCAGAGACGCAGGCACUAUCCAGACGACAAGGCUUUCGCACACAUGGCCAACGCUCAGUUUCGCUUUGCAUUGCGGCGGAACGGGAGCUGGGUGAAAGGGUUCUUUGGCAGUCACCUGACCAAUGCUCAGAUGGACAGCGUUUACGGGUUGCUCCAGCAAACGGAAUACCUCUUCAGCCUGGCGCUCCGAAACCAUCAUGCUGUCGCGUCGCUUCUGGGAACCUGCGGUCACGCUUACGCUGUCGAGUUUUUAUCGCCGCUGGAAACACAUGGGCAGAGAAGCGGGACAUUCAAGCAACGUGCUGGCAUCGGCUUGCGCAUCUUGCGUACCCUGGAGACCUUAGAAAGUGCCAUGGACGAGCAUAUACACCAGUGCGACAUGAAGCCCAACCACUUUGGCAUAGAUAAGAGGGGCAAUGUUAAAAUGCUAGACUUAGACGCUCUGGGGCUGCAAUCUGCCGUGCAAGCAAACAUUGCCAACACGGGGCAUUGUGAGUCUGACCGAGACUGUGAUUUCUUCGAUUGUGCUGGCCGCUGCAACGACCAGGGUCUUUGUGAUGCUGUUGUACUCAAUGAUAACUUGCAGAGGGUCUGCAAAAACAUCUUCUUGGGCAAGAUCUUUGGUCGAUUUUCUGGUCUACUGCGAGGUCCACCUUCACAUAUAGCUUCUGAUAUCUCUGUGGUUCUGAAUGACUGCAUAAGCAGUACCAGAGGUUCUGUUGCAAAUAACGAAAGUUAUGCCAUUCACAAGAGGCUUGUUCAGUUGCUUCAGAAAGCACUAGUGCCAUAAACGUUACAGAGGUAGGCUGUGAAAUGGGGACACCGUUUGUGUUCAAGGCAAGUUUUUUUUUGUUUAUCUUGGAGGGGGGGUUCUACCUAUGCUCAAUUUCUUCAGAGAUGUACAGAGCACGGCACAGUUAGCACGAACAAGCAAGUGUCGAUUUUUCAAAUUUUUUUCUUAGAAUAGAAUGGUUAUUAUCAUACUUCUAGUAGUGUUGGCUAGUACUCAAUCGGGGUACCAACUCGAGCUGUAAAGUUUAAUUCUCAUCAAUACCUUCUCUGAGUAAAAUGCAAAAAGGUGUAGAUUGUGUGUUCAAGCUAGCUGUGUCAUGCAGCGUACCUAGAUUCUCAAUUGCUCAACUGUUUGUUUCUUCAGUGCUUUCUUUUGAAUGAAUGGUCUCCUAUCUCAAUCUCGUGAGUGUUUUUUUUUUUCUUCUUCUAAGUAUCGGUGCUUCAAGGGGUGCUGACAGAUCAAAAUCAUAUUUUUUUUAUUAUCCAAAACAAUUGAAAAUGGUGCCGGCACAUUAUCCUCAAAAUUUGAAACUUGAAAAAUUCAGUAUUUGUGAAGUAAAAAAACAAUUUCCAAAUGCCGAAUUCGGAGUUCCUGCGCGAUCCGUGCUGGUGCGUUGACGUCAAAUAUUGCGGAGUCCAGAGAGUCAACUUUCUUUCACGACUCCGGGCUGUUGCCACCGCGACUCGAUGCGAGGAGGAAAGGAAUGGGAGAUGAGGGCACUGGGCGGACCAAGAAAAAAAACGGUUUUCGGUGCCGCCUGCCCAGGCUGCAUGUUCUCCGAGGGAGGAUACAAUUUCAGAAGGCGACAUCACACCGAAUUCUGAUUUUCGGUAUUUCAAAAAGAAGGGCCGUAGUACGUUCGCAUUUGCAUUAAAAAACAUGUUUUACGAUUGGCGUUAUUAAAUGUUAUAGAAAUGUCGCCUACAAAGCUUCUAAAUUUCAUGGUUUUUGACAUCACGAAUCAAAAGAAGCGAGUAGGCGAAGAGUGGGGAGAUAAUAGUGCCAAAAAUAGAAAGGCACGCGCGCGCAUGGAAAGUUUUUUUGGUUUUUUUUGCGAUAUGUUUUUUUUUUGCGUGUCUAUGACUACAACUUGCAUUGUUUUAGACAAUAGAAAAAAAUACGACCCUUGGGGUGUCAUUGCCCCUUUAAGUUCUCAGUAUAUCACAAAAGCCUGUUUUUUUCUGGGUAUGGGCUUUUGGGUUUGGGUAGUACAUAUUUUUUUUCCUGCAUGUGGAAAGCUAUAUUUUUUAAGAUUUAUAUCUUUUGCCACAGAAAUGGAGUGACUGUUAGAAUUUUGUUCUUUAUUUGUGUGGUUCUUUUUUUUUUGGAAUUGGGUGUUUGGGUGGUUCAUUUUUUUACCAAACCCGGUGUUGUUGUUUUUUUUUGUAUCCCUAAUGUCGGACAAAAAAAAAAUUAGCAUUUCUUGGGGCUUACGUUGAAGGAAACGGGACACAGGCAUGGGAACCCCAAACAUCUUGGGGAACAUACAUAUAGGCCGAAUGCUUGGAGAAUGUCCCAGUACCAAUAAGAGAGGUUAACAGAAUAAGGGUUGAGUACUUAAAGAAAGUAGCCUUGGGGAUGAGGGGAUGAUUGAGUGCAGGCUGUGUUCUGGAUUGACAGAAAAUAAAGCUGUAGACAAGAAAUUUUUUUUUUCAUGAAGCUUGAAUUUUUGGCAG